AUGUACGGUGCCGGCUUAGGUAGCAUGGGUGGCAUGUACGGCGGUGGCAUGUACGGAAACUCAGGCCUCAUGGGAGGCUCUGCUCACGGCAUGAGCGGUGUGCUCAACAGCUAUGCCCGCAACAACCAGUACGGUUCCAGCUCCAUCUACAGCCUUGGCAAUAACGGCGACGGCACUCAGAACAACGGUAUGCAAUCCUCGCUCAGCUUGCAGCAGCAGCAGACGGAGCGCUUCAAUCCGCUAAUCUCCCCCAUCAACCAGCACUCUGCGCCACUCCCACCACUGAAUGAGUCACCUGAGGAGCGCAGCCGCCGUAUACAGGCAGAGCACAAGAAAGAGCGCCAGCUAAUUCGACAGCAGCGGGAUCAGCACCGACAAGCGCGCCUACAGGCCCGGAUGGAAAUCGCAGGCCACCUCACCAACGUACUUGUGCAGGGCCUCCGCUCUGCCAUGGAGCUCUUUGGCGUGUGCUUCGGUACCUACUAUAGCAUGAGGGCGGUGCGCGCAUUUUCGAACUCGCAGGAGCGGAUCCCAGGAAUGGGGAUGUACAUGGGCGCAAAUUACCCCUGCAGCGCUGCGGUCGCCAAGACGCAGGCGGCCGCUACGAGUGCGUUGGGGGCUCAGCAGAUCUCCACAGCCCCCAGCGGUGGCCCGAGAAAGUGGCGAACAUGGCUGCUCUGUAUCGCCUUUUUUAUUUUAGGCGAGGUCGUGUACGGGAUAGCCACACGCCAACGCACAAAGCCGCUGCAGCACCGGCGUCGUAUUGCCCGCUCAGCCAAGAGCGUCUACGGAGGCGUGAUUAGCCAGGAUGAGUACGAGGUGAGCAUUCACUCCAGCGACACUGAGUCGCGUCUGACAGAGGAGGAUAGGGGCGAGGCGGAGAUGCUGUCAGAGGCAUGGGGUCAGGCAUGCAACUCGGACAGCGUGUACCGUACCUCACAGGCGGUACGGCCAAGUGGUAGCAACGGUGCUCGUCGAGUAUACUAUGCCCUUUAUGACUACCAAGCUCAGCAGACCGACGGGCCGUGCUUGAGCUUCAAGGCAGGUGAUGAGUUUGUCGUUGAGGACUACGCGGAGGGCAGCUGGUGCGAGGCGAUGGCAGUGGAGAGUGGAAACUACUCGCCUCACGGCCGUCGCGGCCUCGUACCGAGCAACUUUCUUCGUCUCGCAGAGCGCAUCACAAAGUUGUAG